AUGCAUCAUUUACACAUUUCCCGUUGCCAAAGCAUAUUCUGGGUAUACGGCCAUAAUGUAACAAACAAAUUCACUAUAGUAUUUGUAAACAAUGUUUUAGGUGACAUCUCGACUUCAUUGAUACUUAAAGGCGAACCAGAAAGCUUCCUGCAACAGUUAAAACAAUGGUUUUCAUUUACUAAAUUGAGCUAUUGUUGGAGAGCUUCCUUUGAUGGAUGGAAUUCUAGAAUUUUCCACUCAAAAUGUGACUAUCGAGGAAAAACAAUAACUUUAGUUAAAGUUGGACGAUACAUCUUUGGUGGAUAUUCAACAAACCAAUGGGGUGGUUCGAGUGGAAGUUAUCGAACAAGUUCCAGUAAUUACAUUUUCUCACUUCGUAACAAAGACAAUUUAAGCCCAUUUAGAUCUGAUGUCUAUCAAAACAGCAACAACGCAAUUUAUACUGACCCUGACUAUGGACCAACGUUUGGAGGUGGACAUGACAUACACAUCGCAAGCAAUGCAAACAAAAACACAAAUUCCUACACCAAUUUUGGACACACCUAUCGUCCUCCAUCUGGUUACAGCUAUACGAGUAGUAACACCCGAGCUCUUCUUGCAGGUUCAUACACCUUUACACCUGAUGAAGUUGAAGUUUAUUAUUACGCUUAACAUUUCACGUGAACUUCACGUGAUCUACAGUGUAAUUGUCAAUUCAGCAAUGAAUGACGUAUUGUUUGAGUAUAUUUCGUAGAUUGUAGAGAGCUGCCAGUUUUAGCUGAACGUGGUUAUUUCAUACAUCAUAACUAUUUUUUCUUGAACUUUGUCAUAUUUUUUGUUGAAUUUUUCAUCUUUCUUGUAAA